CCGGCCCCGGCCGCUGCAGGCGCCGGCGCCGGCGGCGACCGUUACGCCGCGCUCAAGGAGCUGGACGAGGUGCUGAAGGCUGAGGUGGAUCCCAAGCUGGACUGGGCCACGACGGCGGCCAGAGAGCCGGCGCCGGCCAGCCAGGGCUGGGCCGCGUUCGGCAGUGGGCCGGCUAUGACGCCGAACGGGCCGGCCCCGUACGGCCAGAGUCCGCAGACCAGCGCCUACGGCCAGAGUCCUCAGACGGCCGGUUAUGGCCAGAGCCCGCAGCAGCACGGUCUGGCCGGCUUCGCGCAGGCGCAGUACGUGCCGGCCAGCGCCAACGGCUACGCGCCAGGGAGCCCGUGGCCGCAGCCUGUCUGCCCGCCCGCCUCCUUCGGCCCCUACAGCCCGGCCGGAUAUGGCGGCUACCGACAGCCGUACAUGAGUCCGUACGCCGCCCCGGUGUCAGAGAUGGGCUUAUCGGGCUACGGCGCCACCAAUGGCUCGUCGGGUAUGCUGCCAGGCGGCCAGUGGGCGGCGCCGGGGCCGCAGGCGGCCGGCUGGGGCCCAUCGGCGCCCGCCCCGCCCGCCGCUAACCCCUUCAUGUCCUGCAACGGCAGCACGCCAGUCAACCCGCACAACCCGUUCCUUUGAUGGUGGCUCGGCUCGCCCGAGCGUGAACUGUCGCGCCCGACCGGCCGUUACCAUCACCCCGCCCCCCCCCCCCCUCCGUCUGCCUCUGGAGCGCGCGCGCGCCCCAUGGCGCACCGUCAGCAGUAUGAUUGUGAUAUUGAGUUAUGGAUGCGGCAUGGCUCCGCCCCGCACCUAUUCGACGCUUGGUUGCGGUCGAUCCGUGGUUUGCCCUCAUUUACUUUCGAGCUUCUGUUGCAAAGCUGCAGGGAUAAUGUUUUGGUGUGUUUAGUGCUUUGUCUCGUAUUCUCUGCCCAGGGCGGGUGGUCGGCCCGGCUCCUAUUCGGACCUGAUGCUGGCUGCACCGGCAGCGGGCACGCGCUCAGGUUGCUCAGACACUUUUUAUGACGAGUCACCAGCUCGGCCUCGCCCGCCUUUCCGGCAUGUCCGCGCUCUCGUUAUCCGUGUCGCCGUCGUGGGCUGGAACGUGGGCAUCCGGCGGUGGCCCGUCCGGUUCAAAAUUGUGUUUGACACUACGCUGUGACAUUGAAUGUGCAAUCUUUCUAGGGGUUGGUGCGCUUGCAGGCCCUGCCUAUUCUCGCAGGCUGUUGACGGUUUUCCGGUAGUGUGCAUCGAGUGUGGUGAGAUGGCAUUCCAUCCCGGGUACCCUCAAGCUCGCCAUCACUUGGCACGCGUCAAGUGGCGCCAGCUAUUACUGUUGGUAAUGUCUGGCUCGUGCUUGGGACUGGGCUCAUGUCCUUCUUGCAACGAAUGUCUUGCGCGCACAGCAGUAGAUACGUAUGCAUCGGGAUAGUGAUGGCCACUUUCCUGGGCUGGUACCUGCGGCCCGUUCUGUGUCCGCCGCUUCUGGCGGCCUCCACACUCACAUUCUGGUCCGAGGUGAACCGGUGGAAGGACCAGCGGUAAGACCAUCCCCCACGCUCUCCACCAGCCCUGACGUAUACUCACGCGCCGGGAGAGCGAACCGGCGCUCUCCUGACCCCUCCCCCUCUUCGCGGUCGUUCGGGCACCCCGGGGGCACCGCCACCGCCCACGCUUCGAUCUGGACUGGUCCCUACGCUCUCCGUGGGCGCCCCUUAGCACUGGAACAUGGCGCUGUAUUCGAGCUGCGUGGUUCGCCGUAAGACGCCUCCGAACUCUUGUUCUCUGAAUAAUGUGGUUGUCUGUAUGGUGCUUCGUGUGCGCAUUUUGCGACCACAGGGCGGGCAAACGCCCAGCUGUCAAGAGACGGAAGUGACGGUGUUUGUGUGUAAUAUAUCAUGUUAUCCUAUCGUCAGUAUCAUAUUAAUAAACUCGUGAUUUUA